AUGUCAGGAGGCGAGGCCUUUAUCACCCUAGCCACCACAGAGUCGUACUGUAAGGGGGCGGCGGUGGUGGCCCGGAGUCUGCGGCGUCAUGGGACGACUCGCAGCAUCAUCCUCAUGGUGACUCCAAACGUCUCGGAGCAGUCCAGGCUCGCCCUCCGGGACGUCUUUAACGAGGUGGUUCUGGUGGACCUGCUGGACAGUCAGGACCAGGGUCACCUGGCUCUGCUGGGGCGGCCCGACCUGGGCAUCACCUUCACCAAGAUCCACUGCUGGACUCUGACCCAGUUUAGCAAAUGUGUCUUCCUGGAUGCCGACACACUCGUUCUGAGUAACGUGGACGACCUCUUCGAGAGAGAGGAGCUGUCGGCGGCUCCCGAUCCCGGCUGGCCCGACUGCUUCAACUCGGGCGUCUUUGUGUUCAGACCGUCUCUGCAAACGCACGCCGCCCUGCUGGAGCACGCCAUGCAGCACGGCAGCUUCGACGGAGGAGACCAGGGCCUGUUGAACUCUUUCUUCAGCAGCUGGAGGAACGAGGACAUCAGUAAACAUCUGCCGUUCAUCUACAACCUCAGCGCCAGCUCCGUCUACAGCUACCGGCCCGCUUUCCAACAGUUUGGCCACAACGCCAAAGUCGUCCAUUUCAUCGGAGCGGUGAAACCCUGGAGCACCAGCAGCCAGAGGGAGGGCGGCAGCUCGGACUCCAAAGGACAGUUUUUGUCUCUGUGGUGGCAGGAGUACAACGGCUACACAAAGUCAACUCUACCUGAGAAACAAGAGGAAAAGAAACCCCAACAGAUCCAAAAACCGAAGGCCAAAGCCAAAGUGGUCGUUAGAGGAACCUUGAAAAGCUCCAAGACGCUGCUGCCACACUUUCCAGCACCAGCUCAGAGACUUCAGAAACCUGAACCAGAGAGAGACUCUCGCACAGACGAUGACAAACCGCUGGAGGAGGAGUCCAGAACACCUGAGCCGACCGAGCUGGAGGAGUCACCUGUUGAAGAGGAGGAGCUGGAGGGCAGCGAUGAGGACUCGGACAUCGAAACAUUCACUACGGAUGAAAUCACAGAGGAGGAACAGCUGGAGCAUCGUAAGCAGUGGGAGAUCGGGCAGGCCGACUAUCUGGGCAGGGACGCCUUCCAGAACAUUCAGAGGAUGCUGGACCGCUUCCUGGACUAACACAUCGCACACGGGAGAAAAUCUGGAACAGAAACUGUCCUUCAGUGUGUCAGCCUGAGCCCAGUGGUUAUAGACUGAUGAUCUAGGCUGUGAUUCCAGAGUACAGACGGACAGAAAUGCUGAUUUUAACUUCCUAUGUGUAGAUAUCUAAACAAACUUCUACACCUAAGGUCUUAAAUUCAAUUCCAUAUUUUGUUGAAAAACUGAAGUAGAAACCUCUGACGAGAACUGUGACAAAGGAAGUGUAAAGUCCGUCUGCAUGGAGAUGUUUGUAAUUCUGUUCCAGACUCAUUAUGACCCGUCUGGGUGUCAUUAAAGGGUUAACAUCACAA